AUGGGGAUAUUUCUUGAUCCCAAAAUUCGCAACAAUGUCCUGCUUCCGAUCUUCAUCGUGGUCGUUCUGACCUCUAUGAUUCGCUCCAGCUUAAUGAUCUUAUUGAAGGCCGAGCCAAAGGUCGACGUCAAGGAGGUCAAAACCCAGAGCAUGCUGGGAAGAUGCAAGAUGUUGAGAGCAGCAUCGCAUUUUCUCACAGAGAAGGCGUUCAAAUCUCGCAAAGCCUAUUUUGUCAAGAAGGAUGUGGGUGUCCUGGUGAAGUCCGUGCCGAAAGCAAAGGACCCGAUGGAGGCUUUGCAAGGAGGCUCUGAUCCCAUGGCGAUGAUGGGGAUGAUGAAGGGCCAGAUGGUCUUCAUGGUCUCUCAGGGACUGUUAGCUUACUGGGUUUCUCACCUCUUCUCCGGCUUCCUGGUGGCGAAAACCCCUUUUCCGCUAACGUUUCAGUUCAAGGCCGGGGGCAACUCAAAACGCCGAUCACCGGUUCCCUGUCCCUGCCCUCAGGGAAUGCUGCAGAGAGGGGUCGAGGUCACUGCCUUGGAGCCGGGCUAUGUCUCCUCGCUCUGUUGGUACAUGUUCGUAAUGAUGAGCAGUCAUAGUCUGAUCGGGCUCGUGCAGUCUUUCUUCACCAAGUCAGAUGUUGAAGCUGAUGACCCGAUGAUGGCCAUGUGA